CUGGGGUUAGGUUGUCUCCAAUGCUGGCAGAGGAAAUACUUAACAACAGCGAUUUUUCAGCAGCCAUCGAGUUUGGGAAAGUUAGAGGAAAAACUGAAAAGCGAAGUUAGGGAAUAAGGCAAACUGUUAGCACUUCAGACUGAUUCUGUCCUUUAUAAAAAGAUUACUUCUCGCUUUUAGCAUUUCUGUGAGGAAACAGUUACGGGACCUUGAUUUUUCAAGAGGACCUCCAGUGAGAAAUCAGGCUUGAGGAGGCUCAGCAGCGGUCAGCAUGGCCCAGUGGAAUCAGUUGCAGCAGCUGGACCCCAGAUACCUGGAGCAGCUCUACCACCUCUACAGCGACAGCUUCCCCAUGGAGCUGCGGCAGUUCCUCGCCCCCUGGAUCGAGAGUCAGGACUGGGCCUACGCUGCCAACAAAGAAUCGCACGCCACGCUGGUUUUCCACAACCUCCUGGGGGAGAUCGACCAGCAGUACAGCCGCUUCCUCCAGGAGAACAACGUGCUCUACCAGCACAACCUGCGCAGGAUCAAGCAGCACUUGCAGAGCAAGUACCUGGAAAAGCCCAUGGAGAUCGCGAGGAUAGUGGCCCGAUGCCUGUGGGAAGAGAAUCGAUUGCUGCAGACUGCUACAACCACGGCCCAGGAUGGGCAGGCGUCUCACCCCACGGGCACGGUUGUGACGGAGAAGCAGCAGAUUCUGGAGCACAACCUGCAGGACGUGAGGAAAAGAGUGCAGGAUAUGGAACAGAAGAUGAAAAUGCUGGAAAACCUGCAGGAUGACUUUGACUUUAACUACAAGACUCUGAAAAGCCAAGGAGAAAUCUCCCAGGAUCUGAACGGGAACAGUCAGGCAGCAGCAACGAGACAGAAAAUGGCACAGCUGGAGCAGAUGUUGACAGCUUUGGAUCAGCUCCGAAGGCAAAUCGUGACCGAGAUGGCGGGGUUGCUGUCGGCCAUGGACUUUGUGCAGAAGAACCUGACGGAUGAGGAACUGGCGGACUGGAAGAGGCGGCAGCAGAUCGCCUGCAUCGGGGGACCCCCCAACAUCUGCCUGGACCGCCUGGAGACCUGGAUUACCUCUCUGGCCGAGUCCCAGCUGCAGAUCAGACAGCAGAUCAAGAAGCUGGAGGAGCUGCAGCAGAAGGUGUCCUACAAGGGCGACCCCAUCGUCCAGCACCGGCCUGCCCUGGAGGAGAAGAUAGUGGACAUCUUCAGGAACCUCAUGAAAAGUGCCUUUGUGGUGGAGCGACAGCCAUGUAUGCCUAUGCACCCCGAUAGGCCUCUGGUCAUUAAGACAGGGGUGCAGUUCACUACCAAGGUCAGGUUACUGGUGAAAUUUCCCGAGCUGAAUUAUCAACUGAAGAUUAAAGUCUGCAUCGACAAGGAAUCGGGGGAUGUGGCAGCAUUGAGAGGUUCCCGCAAGUUCAACAUCUUGGGUACAAACACGAAAGUGAUGAACAUGGAGGAGUCCAAUAACGGCAGCCUCUCCGCUGAGUUCAAACACCUGACCCUGAGAGAGCAGCGGUGUGGGAAUGGAGGCCGGGCGAACAGUGAUGCCUCUCUGAUCGUGACCGAGGAGCUGCAUCUCAUCACCUUCGAGACUGAGGUCUACCACCAGGGGCUGAAGAUCGACCUGGAGACGCAUUCUUUGCCUGUGGUCGUCAUCUCCAACAUCUGCCAGAUGCCCAACGCCUGGGCGUCCAUCCUGUGGUACAACAUGCUGACCAAUCACCCUAAGAACGUCAACUUCUUCACCAAGCCCCCCGUGGCCACGUGGGACCAGGUGGCCGAGGUGCUGAGCUGGCAGUUCUCCUCCACGACCAAGCGGGGGCUGACCAUCGAGCAGCUGACCACACUGGCGGAGAAGCUGCUGGGACCUUGUGUGAACUACUCUGGGUGUCAGAUCACAUGGGCAAAGUUCUGCAAGGAGAAUAUGGCAGGGAAAGGGUUUUCAUUCUGGGUGUGGCUGGACAAUAUCAUCGACCUGGUGAAGAAGUACAUCUUGGCAUUAUGGAACGAAGGGUACAUCAUGGGUUUCAUCAGCAAGGAGCGCGAGAGAGCCAUUUUGAGCACCAAGCCCCCUGGCACCUUCCUUCUGCGCUUCAGCGAGAGCAGCAAGGAGGGAGGCAUCACCUUCACCUGGGUGGAGAAAGACAUCAGCGGGAAGACGCAGAUCCAGUCCGUGGAGCCCUACACCAAGCAGCAGCUGAACAGCAUGUCCUUCGCCGAGAUCAUCAUGGGCUACAAGAUCAUGGACGCCACCAACAUCCUGGUCUCUCCACUCGUGUACCUGUUUCCAGAGAUCCCAAAGGAGGAAGCGUUUGGGAAGUACUGCCGCACAGAGAACACCGAACAACCGGAUUUCACAGACCCAGGUAGCACAGUCCCUUAUCUGAAGACAAAGUUCAUCUGCGUGACCCCGUCCCCAUCUGUGUUCAUGGACAUGCCGGACAGCGAGCUGCUGGCCAACGGAUAUUCGGGCACCAAUUCGGGCAACACGAGCGAUCUGUUCCCCAUGUCCCCUCGCACCCUGGACUCGCUGAUGCACAACGAAGUGCAGGAACCUAAUCCAGGAGGAGGGCCUCUGGAAUCUCUCACCCUGGAUAUGGAGUUCACUUCCGAGGCAGCCUCGCCCAUGUGAAGCAAGGCCUUCCCACCAAGGCAGUCGCUGUAUUGGUCGAAAGACAGAAGGCCGAAAGCUCUUACUCCAUUUUAAUAGCUGUGGCUCUUGCUGCACCUGCUCUUGCUGUAAUACUGAUAAGCGCUGUUAGGACAGGUUUUAGUUGGGGACAUUUCUUUCUUCCAGACUACAGCUACAUGUGUCAACCCCAAUUUUUUUAAGAGCUAAACAUCAGCGCUUUUUGAGUCUCGCUGUUCAUGCCGUUCCACCUCCCUGCCCCCCAAAAUCGAGAGCGAGCACUGACACUAACACAUCGCGGACUGGUGGAGCCAAAAUCCCGCAGUUUCACGAGAAAUGGAGUAAUAGCUAUUUCCCAUGUGUGUUUUUAAGCUGUCUUUAUUCUUACUUCCUAAAAAAUAUCUUAUGGUUAAAGAAUUACAUUUUGAAGCAGGCUGUGCAUCGUGUCGGAAACUAAAUUUCGUUUCACGUGAUUAGCUUUUUAUUAGGUUCGUUGUUGGCACGGUUUGCUGAGAAACCGACACUCCAUGCUCGCGUUUGGGAGAGAGAGCUUGGAGUUUCAGGAGAAUUUCCUUAAAGAGAGAUAUUAACAAGUUUGAACACCUUGUCUUUUAGUACCGGCUUGGACAUUUGCCUGUAUUUUUCAGUGUUUUUGUUUUUGAUAUAUUUUCUCUUGUUGGCUUUCUCUGACUCAACAGCAAAGAAUGUGUAGGUAUUAAGUUUAGUACUGGUUAUCCUCAAAUUCCCUAAAGUAGCGGGUGUUUUCGGAAGUCCAAUGUUUUUGUUAGAAAGAAUCAUGUCGGUAUUAUUUCAGCCUUUAUAAAUGGGGAAGGUCUCCAAACCUCCCACCUGACCCUUCAUUCUCACUGUUCCCAAAGAGGCUAAAUAUUCCGAUCAGCGUUCAUUGGACCAUGCUAGUAUCGCCCUGCAAAGUGAUUUUACAGUGCUUCAGCUCCAGUGUUAAUAUGAUCAGUACUCUAAAUGCAGAUCUGAAAAGUCUGUCACGUAUUACAAGGAAUCAAGGUUGUUUUCCUUGUUUCUAAUAAGCAUUUUCCUUUCCUAAUCAAGGAUGCAGUCAUAAUUGUGGGGAUUUGACCAUUUUGGUUGAUGUAUGAAUCUUUUAGGAAAGAACUGAACAUAAUUUUGUAUUACUUGUCAUGUGAGUAGAGUCCAAGCGAUGCUCUGCACUGUGGCCGAAGAGAUUUGAUAGUUAUUUGAAUCAAAUUAAAGGGUCUAAUGGGGGCCCAUUCUAGAAAGGGAGAAGUAUGUAGUGCCUGCCUGAAGUGAAUGGUCUUGGUACUGGUGGUGCCAGCUAAUAUGGAUCCAGUUGGGUUGUGUUCCAUCUCGCUGGAGCCUCAGUGUUGCCUGUGAAUAUAUAGGUGACAUACCUGGGACUUUCACUUGCGUGAGUUUGAGUUUGUUAAUGCCCAGUACCCUGGUUUCUUUGAUAUAAUGGCUGGGUGAGAUCCCUGGGUCUAUUUACUGCCAAAUGAGCCCAAACGGCCUCCCCUCAUUAAUAACCUUUCGUAUGGUCUUGCGUGCAGUCUUCCAGACGUCACUCAGGUGCUAUGGAAAACUAAAGAAAUGGGGAGGGGAAAAGUCUGGGCGCCAUAAAUGAGGAAACGUGGCUGCCCUCUCUGCACGUGCCCAUGUUGCCCUCCGAACACGUCUGAGAGCCCUGCAAACAAGGCAAAUGAAAACGCAAUCAGGUUUACGGCAGCAGUGCGCUGAUCAAGUCUCUGGAGUCCUGUGGAGUUCUCCUUGAGACGGGGCCUCUGCUACUCCCAUCGCAAGAGACAUGGAAAUGAAACUCAAGUGGCAAAACCAAGGACUAACCUUCCAUUUGCAUGUGCAUCUUUCUCAAUCUAUCUUUAUUCUUUCUCCAUAGGAAGAGAAUGUCUGUAUUGCUAGAGGGAUUCGCGGAUGGAUUGCGUUGGCUGGGAAGGGGCCGGGGUCGGUUCGGUUGUUUCCCGAGAGGGUCCGUGGUGCUCUGUGCUUUCGUUCAGCCGCGUGCCGGUGGGGAAGUGCGCAGAGCCCAGGUCUGGACCGCGUUCCUCCACAGUGGCGGCGACUCGGAGGCUGUGGUUUGUCUGGGACAUCGACGCGACUUUGAUGGGUUUUGAAUCGUGUACAUUUUCACACUAUAGGAUGUUUCUUUAUUCUGUAAAUUAUGCUGUAACUAAUUGCUUGUAACUUUUUAAUAAAAACAAAUGGUUAUACGCAAA